AUCAUGAAAAAAUCUUGGUAUACUUUUCGAGUAAAAACAUGCCUCAGCUAUGACAAUUUUGUGAGACUUAGGUCACGACGAUUUUAAUCACGUAAAUAUCCUAUAAUUUCUAAACGUCUCUUCUAGAGAAUGGUCGAAGCUUUUUUUCUAAGUAUAUUUUUCAACAAAUUAUAUUGAAAUUAUUAUUAUUAUUGAAAAUGUUGAGAAACAGGAAAAAUUGCGUUAUAUGUAAAUGUUAUAAAAAGUUGAAAUUUUGAAAAAUGCUCCGACCGUUCUCUAAAAGAGAUAAUAUAGAAUUAUUGGACUUUUACAGAAUUAAAUUCGGUCCAGCCAAAGUCCCACAAUUUUGUCAGACAUAUUUGUCUUUUAUUCAUGUAUUUAUGACGGGCUAAAACCAUUUUAAUAAAAAUCUAUUUUAGUCAUUGUGCACCGCAUUUCUAGGGAUUAUUAUUAAUUAUGAUUUAUAAGUACUUGUGCAAAUGCUAUUAGAACACACAAAAUCAUAACAUUCAUAACUCGUGUUCUCUGCACGGCUACGGUGUUUGAAAGUUAAAAUUAAUGAUCGAAAACAACGAUAGACAAUAUUAUCCUAUUUCGUGAUAUUAUGCUGAACUUAUAAUGCUCGUAUAAAACCCACGUCUCUGCUGCUGAUUGUAAUUUAUACGGAUCGAGUGUCAUAUUUUUACUCGCUAACAACGAAAUGGAAGUUAUGGAUGUCGAUAUCGCCGAAGCAGGCCCUUCCACUUCGGCAGUCGUUACUAAUCUUACGGAAGAAUCCACUGGUUCACAAACUACGACAGUGAAAAGUGAUUUGAAUACACCAUGGAUCGAAAAGUAUCGUCCUAAAACAUUUUCGGACAUUGUUGGAAAUGAAGAAACUGUCUUACGGCUUGAAAAGUUCUCUUCUUGUGGAAACGUGCCAAAUAUUAUUAUUGCUGGUCCUCCUGGUGUUGGUAAAACCACAACGAUUUUGGCACUUGCUAGAAUACUUUUAGGUAGUGCAUUCAAGGAAGCUGUACUAGAACUAAAUGCAUCUAGUGAUCGUGGUAUUGAAACAGUUCGAAACAAAAUCAAAAUGUUUGCACAACAGAAAGUUACAUUGCCUCCGGGUAGACAUAAAAUAAUUAUUUUGGAUGAAGCAGAUAGUAUGACUGAUGGAGCUCAACAAGCACUUAGACGUACAAUGGAAUUAUGGAGUAACACAACAAGAUUUGCUCUUGCUUGUAAUAAUAGUGAUAAAAUUAUUGAAGCAAUUCAGUCACGUUGUGCUAUGUUGAGAUAUGGAAAACUUUCUGAUCAAGAAAUCAUGACCCAGUUGCUAAAAGUCUGCAAAAUUGAAGGGGUGUCAUAUAGUGCUGACGGCUUAGAAGCAGUUGUAUUUACUUCUCAAGGAGACAUGCGACAAGCAUUGAACAAUUUACAGUCUACAUGGAAUGGUUUUAAACAUGUUGAUAGCACUAAUGUGUUUAAAGUUUGUGAUGAACCACAUCCCUUACUUAUCAAAGAAAUGCUAUUAGAAUGUGUUGAUCAAAAUAUCUCCAAGGCGUAUAAAAUAAUGGCCCAUUUAUGGAAACUUGGUUAUGCUCCUGAAGACAUCAUAGUUAACAUAUUUAGAGUGGCUAAACAUCUAGAAAUUAAAGAAUCUCUAAAAUUAAAAUUCAUAAUGGAAAUUGGGCAGGUUCAUAUAAGGAUUGUUGGAGGAUUGAACUCGCUUCUUCAAUUAUCGGCGUUGUUGGCUAAACUGUGUACACUAUCAGCAACAACAGAAAAAUAAUUAUUAGAUGAAUUGAAUUCAUGUGGAACAUUUAUUUAAA